CUAGUUUAACUAGUAAGGUGUAAAUCCUUACUAGUCACACUAGUGAUGAUUUUGGCUCUUACAUGUGUAACUAGUGUAAAAAACUUGAGGUUACUAGCAAACUAGUGAGGCGAAUAGCUGCUACUAGUUAACAAGUCAGAGCUUUUGCAGCUCACUAGUUCACUAGUAAGACUUUAAGCAUUACUAGUUCAGCCCAGUGGGCCACUAGUCUGUCAAAAAGCUGACUAGUUUGGAUUUUGGUGCCACUAGUAUGGCUCUGUGGCUUCACUAGUCAGGCUUAAGUUGUUACUAGUUUGACAAAAGUGUCACUAGUUGCUGAAAAAGAGUGACUAGUAAGACUCUUUGUUCAACUAGUUGGACAAAAUGUCUAACUAGUGUGACCAGAUGUCCAACUAGUGCUGACAAUGAUCGAACUAGUGAACGACACUGACACCUGAUAUCAAGGAUAUGGAAUAAAUGCUCAAACGGCUUGCCAUAGUAACAUUACCAGGGCGCAACAGGCACAACACACACAGGGACCAGGGCGUUUGGCGUUUGACAUACCAAGUGCAGUUCUGGAGCAUCAAGUUCUUUGUGGAUUACCAGCUUGUCAAAUUGCAGCGAUGUUCGGGGUGUCAAAGAGGACCAUCAGGAGGCGCAUGAAACAAAGCAGUUUAAGACAGACCUCUAUUCAGCUGUGAAUGAUGAUGAGUUGGACCGUAUUGUAAGUGAAGUCCACAGAAGACAUCCAAACACUGGCUACAAGCUAAUGCGUGGACAUCUGAAUGCAAGAGGUGUGCGUGUUCCAGUCUCAAGACUGCAAGAGUCUUUACGCAGAGUGGAUACAGAGGGAGUCUACAUGAGACGUCUAAGGCUGCGUGUAUUAAGACGACGGCAGUAUUCUGUUCCUGGCCCAAACUCUUUAUGGCAUAUAGAUGGCAACCAUAAGCUCAUCAGGUGGAGAUUUGUUGUCCAUGGUGGAGUGGAUGGAUUCAGUCGUUUAAUGGUCUACCUGACUGUGGCUGGCAAUAACAGAGCUAGUACAGUCUUACAGAGCUUUAUUGCUGCUGUUGAGCAGUAUGGGCUGCCAUCAAGGGUACGGUCUGAUAAAGGGGGGGAGAAUGCAGAUGUAGCAGAAUUCAUGAUCAGGAGCAGAGGUACCGACAGGAAUUCGCACAUCACAGGCAGAAGUGUCCACAAUCAGCGAAUAGAGAGAAUGUGGAGAGAUGUUUAUGAACAUGCCCUGGACCUCUUCUAUCAGAUCUUCACUUCGUUGGAAGAUCAGGGAACACUGAAUCCAGACAACGAAGUCCAUCUUUUCGCACUGCAUCGGAUCUUCCUUCCACUAAUUCAGCAAAGCCUCGACUCUUUCAGAGAUGUUUGGAACUUUCAUGGUCUUAGAACUGAAAGGAAUCAGUCACCGCAGCAACUCUGGAGAAGAUACAGAGAGCAAGGCCCUAUGGAGGAUCCUACUGAGGUUUAUGAAGACUAUGGGAUCGACUGGAACGGACCUCACAGUCUUCAUGGAGGCACUGUCUCAGUCCCCGAGGUUCAGCUGGCCUGUGAGCUCUCAGAUGAAGAGGUUGCCAUUUUGCCAGCUCCAGGAGUUUCUGUAACUGAUGCACUUAGAUCAUAUGUAGAGACUGUGCAAAUUUUAUCAAGAAUCAUAGCAGACUGAUGUCCAACCCAUGCUUUUAUUUAGCAUGUUAGAGCAAACAAGCAUAAACUGAAAAAGUUUGCUUUCCUUAAAAAAAAGCUGUUUUACUUUAAAGCUCAUAAUCACUGUUAUGAUCUCGUAAAUGGACUUUAUGUACAGCUCCACUACUUCCUAAACUUAAACACACUCCUUUACUUCCUGUCUCAUUAUUUGCCACAGAAUGAAUGACAUGAAUGCUGUUCUGUUAACACUGAAAGAUAAAGAUGCAGAACUGUUUGGUUUCAGUAAAUGGAAACAAUGUUUUGAAUAAAACAAUUUUCAACUACUGCACAGUAUGUUUAAAUGUUUUCAAAGACACCAAACUUGUGUCAAUUGACCUGACAUACUGAACAGUGCAUGCAAUACCAUCUGUCUGAAAAAAACUUAAACAAGUCCAAAUCCAGUCUGUGCACUAUUUAUGGCAGAGACAAGUGCUUUCUCGAAGUCCAUGUAGGUUUUGAAAUGAGCUGGCAGCUUCAGUGUUUCAAAGCAUGUGGAAGACGUAGGAAGGGUUCCCCCAGAAAUCUCCACCUUCAGUUCAGGAGGAAGCAUCUCCCAGCCAACCCAGAAUGUCAGCAGCUGG